AGCAGCAUUCAAACUUUGCAGAGCUUUGCUCUCAGAGAGUUUGUAAUAAGACACACUCCUCUUACAAGAGUUCAUGCUACAACAUAGCAAAGAACCUUAAAUUUUUGGAAGAACCAUAUAUUCAUUUUGGCAUUGUGCAGAGACCCUAACUCUACCUUUCUGCUUUAAAGCAAAGUAAACUCGGUGGCCUCUUCUUCUCCACCCCUCAAAAUGAUAGCAAUCUCUGCAGUCAGCAGUGCACUCCUGUUCUCCCUUCUCUGUGAAGCAAGUACCGUCGUCCUACUCAAUUCCACUGACUCAUCCCCGCCAACCAAUAAUUUCACUGAUAUUGAAGCAGCUCUGAAAGCACAACUAGAUUCGGCGGAUAUUCCCAAAGCCAGGCGGAAGCGCUACAUUUCGCAGAAUGACAUGAUCGCCAUUCUUGAUUAUCAUAAUCAAGUUCGGGGCAAAGUGUUCCCACCGGCAGCAAAUAUGGAAUAUAUGGUUUGGGAUGAAAAUCUUGCGAAAUCGGCAGAGGCUUGGGCCGCUACUUGCAUUUGGGACCAUGGACCUUCUUACUUACUGAGAUUUUUGGGCCAAAAUCUAUCUGUACGCACUGGAAGAUAUCGCUCUAUUCUCCAGCUGGUCAAGCCAUGGUAUGAUGAAGUGAAAGAUUAUGCUUUUCCAUAUCCUCAGGAUUGCAACCCCAGAUGUCCUAUGAGAUGUUUUGGUCCCAUGUGCACACAUUAUACGCAGAUGGUUUGGGCCACUUCCAAUCGGAUAGGAUGUGCAAUUCAUACUUGCCAAAACAUGAAUGUUUGGGGAUCUGUCUGGCGACGUGCAGUUUACUUGGUAUGCAACUAUGCCCCAAAAGGCAACUGGAUUGGAGAAGCACCAUAUAAAGUAGGGGUACCAUGUUCAUCUUGUCCUCCAAGUUAUGGGGGAUCAUGUACUGACAAUCUGUGUUUUCCAGGAGUUACAUCAAACUACCUGUACUGGUUUAAAUAAGCUUACUUUAUCCUCCACGAAAUAUAAUGAUUUCUGGGAACAUGGGCAUGUGUGUAUAUAUAUAUAUAUAUUGAAUUUUGCACAUACUAUACAUAUUUUGUGCUAAUCUUGUUUUCCUUUUAGUAUUCCUUUGUAUAAAUUAGUAUUUGUCUAGCAUGUUUGUUUAAUCCUUUGAGAUAUUUGAAACAUCAAUUUCUAUUUUCUGACCUCUAAGCCUAAAUUAAGAUAUGGUAUAUGUAAUGAUGACAUAGUUGAUGCAUCCAAUCCUAAAAUUUACAUUCCAAAGGAAUUAUAUCAUUAUGUUCCUAAGGAAUAAGUAUAUAUUUGACCUGUAAGUGUGUGUAUGUAUACAUAUACAUAUAUAUGUAUGGAUUUAUAUAUGCACACAAACAUAUAAUAUGUGAUAUUACACUUAGAUAGUAAUAUGAUUCAGUAGUCAACUUGACGGAAAUUUUUAAAAAACUAUUUUCAGAUAUACAUGAGGUGAUGGGACUUCUUUAGCACCCAUUUCUAUAAUACCCACAAAAUGUUAAUUUGUAAAAUAGCACUUAGUGAUAUCUGGAAAUAAUAAUUUAAUUAAGUAACCAUGAAUUUCAUUCUGGAGAUAUAUUUUCUUAUUUGAGUCUGCCAAAGGAUAAUGCCAACGUAUAUCUUAUGUAAGUUCUCAAAUCAUGCCUUCCUCUUAGUCUCAUUUUAUUGAAUCAGUCAUCAUGAGUUGAGCGUUUACUACAAGCAAGGCACUCUGCUGGUUAUGUUCUGCUAAUGCAGAGAUAAUUAGACAUGGUUCCUGCCCUCAAGAAGCUCACAAAAUAUUCAGGAAAUAAUGCUGACUGGUGAUUUUGCUAUAAAAUUAUUUUUGAAGGAAGCAGACACAGCAGUAUUUACCUGUAGGUGGAGCAAGUAAUAAGCCAUGCAGUGCAAUAUAUACGUAAGGCUUCUGCUUCUCAUGGAAAUUUAGUUAAGGUGCUUGGAAUGAGAAGGGGAAGGGAAGAAUUAACAAAUGCCAGGAUUUCUGGAGCAGAUCCUAGAGCUGUGACUUUGGAAAAGAGAAAGUAAGACCGUCAGAAAACUAAUGAAGUUCAAGAGAAAUAAAAUUCAGGGGACAGGUAUGAAAAAUGUAAUUGCACCUAACUACCAGAUGGAGAGCUUCAGAAUGGGCUAUCCUUAGGGUCUAGUACAUCUUGAGGCCUGUCAGCAGGAGGUGAAGGAUUUCAGAAAGAGAUGUGGAGGUGCUGAGGCCACCUCUAUCUCUUUGUUGUUUAGCCUGUCAUUGAAUCAAUCUAUGUAUCUUCUUGGGUCUUUGAGUAUUGUACAAAAGAUCCUUCGUGCACACCACACGCAGUCAUGAUUUUGUUAAAGUAGCCUUCUUCAGAUGCUUUUCUAAGGGCUAGUUACCAACUUUAUUUUUGUGUUUCUGUAGAAGAGACAUUUUCAGUUCUUCGCUGAGUCUGAUCAUGGAAAUCCAUUCAAAGUCACUAUGAAAAUUUUCCUCAUGCAAUUUGGAAAUGCAGCAUUUUCCUAUCAUGAAAUCUCUUUCAGAGAGGAGAAUACAACAUAUUGGUCCAGACAUUUAACAUAUUGCACUUCAAGUACGUGUGUGUGUGUUUCAUUCAGGUUGUGCAACGCUUCCAUAGAAUUACAGAACAAUUAAAUGUGGUUAGUUCUAGAGUGCAAAUAACAGAAGGAAGCUACUUGUUUAAAAUUCCAUACACAUUUGCAGUUUCUUAGGCUGGAUACUUUGAAAGAUAACAGAUCGUUAAAUCCAUUCAAUGGUGAAGAAAUACACCAUCUGGAGAUUGAGUCUACUUCUUAACUAAUGACUGGCCCAAUUAUUCUUAUAAAUUGAAUAUGGUGACCAAAUGCUUUGAUAUCAUACCACUCUGCCUCUGUGGGCACAUAUGUAGACGCUACUAAAAAUAAAUAUUUUUGAGAUUAAAAUGGAGAAUAGAAGUAAUUACAUUAUUUAGGUCUUAAUCCAACUUUUUUCUAAUAUAUCUAGACAAUUGUAGGGGAAGCUCAUUCAUUGGAUAUUUGCUUGAUUUUAUCCAGAAAGUUUUUCCUUCUUCGAUUUUGCUAUAUUCAUUCUACAGAAACAGCAAUAAGUACUAUUAAACAGAAGAUGGCUACACUAAGUUCCAGUUUUGUUGCUGAAUUGCUUCUGUGAGUUCACUUUUCAGUUCUAAGGAAGAAUAAUAUUUGCUACAUAUUUUACAGGAGUUCUUAUGAAGGUAAAUUUACCAGAUUAAUAAAAAUUCAUGAAUAUUAAAAUUUUCAUUGAUAUUAUGAAACAUUUAUUUGAGAUUAAAUUAAAUUUUUCAUGAGCCCCUCUUUGGCAGGAACUCUGUUUAAUUCUUUGUAUUUAUCCCAGCUUCUUAAAUGGUGGCUGUAACAUAAUAAAUGUUUAAUAAAUGCUUAUAUGAAUGGAUUUUUAGAAUUAACUGAAAAGCCAAGAAUGGCAACAAUUUACAGAAAUCCCAUCUUUCCAUGCUUAAGACAAAAAUGUCUUAAAUACAAAGUUUUGAUUGUAUCAAAAAUCCAGAUAAAUCAUCAAAUAUAUCAGAUUAAGACUAGCGUCUACACACUUAGGCAACAGUCCUUUCCAAACCAUGACAAGAUCUACAAGUUUAUUUAUAAUUUAACAACUCAGCUGAAAAUAUAACGGGUAUAUUUGUUAUUCUAACUCUAUUUUUUAAAGUUAAUAAUACAAAGUGGCCAUGUAAAAUAUUUUAUUUUCCAGGCUAAAGCAAAUGAAAGUUUGCUAGUAUCAACAUAGCCUGCCAUAUUUUUCACAGCAUGCAACAAUGGUGCUAAGAUAACUAUUUCUCACUGUAAUUGCCAAAGGCAGAAAGGGUCUGGCUAUAAGCUAUUUCAUAAGAGCAGCUUUAAAUUGUCAGUAUUAAGGUUUUCAUGUGGAAAGGUAUCAUUAAAAAAAAUAGUAAUUGGCAUACAUAUUUCAUAGCAUCGAUCCUCCCUAUGGUGUUGAUUUUUUUAUAUGACCAGUAGAAAAAUUUUAAUAUUCUCACAAUACAGGUUUUGGGGCUUCCAUAUCAUCAAGAGGCUGAAAAAUUAUAAUUUUAUAAUUAAACUGAUGGAUUUCAUUAUAGAAUUAUCUGUGAGUUGUGUAGGCACAGUCUUAAUGUUUCUGGUUAUGAUAGAUAAGUUUGCUCAAAAAAUGUGGAUGAAGUCGCUAUUGUUCUUAUUGUUUUUGCUUCUGUUCGGUUGUCUAAGCAUCAUCCUUUCUGUGGCCCAUCACCCAACAGAGUUGCCCUACAAUUUCAUUUGGUAGCGCCAUAACAUUAUUUGAAAAGUUCAUGGAAACAUUCAUUUGAAAGUUCCAUGCAACUUUAGCACAGAGUUGACCAAACACUAGGGCAAGUUCAAUUUACACAGAAUAUUUGAAUUGAAACGAUAGAUAUUUUUCUCAUAAUAUGCACUUGUGUGAAACCAACUUAUCUACAUAAUGAAAUCGAAUGCAUAUUUAAGCCAGUUUACUUGUUCUGUGUUGAUGCCGUGCUUGUGAAAUACAUGCACAAGCUAAACAUAUAAUUUGAAUGGGACUAUGAAGGAAAAAUAAUGCUUAGACUUUGGUGUAGGUUCUUCCUGUGUAGCCAUAUACCCAGGCUCUGCAGUAUCAAACGAUGCCAAUCUUGACAUAGAUGGAAGCCCUUACCUACCAAAGUGAUUAGGGAGACUAAAGUUGCAUUUGUCUUAAUGUCUAACAUUAUCUUUGCUUUUAUGUUUCAUAAAAAUUUGUCAUUAUUUGUGUUGGUGAAACAUAUAAUCACGUCCAAUCAUUUGAACACAUGCAAAACAAUUUUUAAGAUGAUGUUAUUGUUUAAAUUUGACUUAUGGGAGAUCAGUAAAAAACUUAGAAGGUUUAACACUUCCCUGAUUAAUGGUGCUGAAAACACAUUACAAUUACCACAUAUCCUUGCUAUCAGUUUUGAAGUUUCUUAGCAAUUAAAGUUUUUUUUAUUCAGUGUGAACUGUCAGUGUCUAUUCUGGUGCUAAAUAUAUGGUGCUAAAUGAAUUGUUAGUGUUGAUGGCUUUAGUAAUGCUCCUUUUAUGCAUUGUUAAAAGUGUUAUCCAUUCGAUUCCUGAUUCAGAAAUAUUAAUAAAAUCUUUUGUUAAAUUAAUCUUUACCAAAAAUAGGCAAGUUAACUCUGUUGUUUUAAUUCAACAGUCCAAAAUUAUUUAGAUGUUACAGAAUUUAAAUAUAUUUCUUUGGGAGUUAUUGAUUUUCUUUUUAAAAUCUUUUUAUAGCUUGGAAAUGUCCAAAGUCACGUAUCACCUAAACUGGUUAGAUUGUCUGCAACUAAUAAUGUUGCAGGCACUGGCUCCCUCUGGUGGUUAUGAGGACAAAUUCUUAAUGGCUACUUGACUUACAGCAAAAGCCAUUUCUGUUCCAUAAAAAUUUGUUGCGCGAUAUUAGAAUUCUCAUCUAUUUCCUAAAUCUGACAGCACCUAAAAAUGUUUGAUAAUAUUAACAUGUAUCUAAGAGGAAAGGAGAGUUAAUAUAUUCUGGCACCCACUUUCCUAAUUAAUAAUGUCUUCCAUGAUUUUCCAGGUCUGAGGCACUUAUUAAAGUGCUCUUUUUUUUUUUUUUUUUUUCUGAUUUAGGUAUUGCUAAAAUAUAUUUUUUAAUUUAGUUAGCUUUAUAAAUACAAUUAGAAUUACAUUUAAUUAAAAGAAUUAUAAUUGUCUCACUUUCAGAAGUGAUCAUUUAUUUUUAUUUAGCACAGUUCAUAAGAUAAAAAACAUAUAGAAAAAUAAUCAAUUUCAUAUAUAAAAGGAUUAUUUCCCCACCUUUAAUUAUUGGCCUAUAAUUUGACAAUGUUAUUUGGUCAUAUUAUUGAACUAAUGUAUUAUUCCAUUCAAAGUCCUUCUAGAUUGAAAAAUGUAUGUAAAAGCUUAGGAUUAUAUUAUCUGUAAUUAAUAUAGAUAAUACUUUCCUGUAAACCUUCAGUUUAGGUACAUAAUUGGGCGUAUCUCUUUUGUGAUCUGGGUGUAAUCUCUUUUGUAAUCUGUUUUGACAGAUUUCUGAAAUUAUGUUAGCAUCAUCAAGUAAGAUUUACCUUGAAGCACUUUCCAAAUUGAUAUUUCCAAACUUAUUUUAAAGCAGUAGAACCUUUUUUAUGAACUAAAUCCCAUGCAAAACUCCAACUUGUAGCAUACAUAAAAUGGACUUACUUAUUCCCCGCACCUUCUCCAGUGCCUAGGAAUAUUCUUCUUUGAGCCCUAGGAUUGAUUCUACUACACAGAGCAACAUUAAUCUAAAUGGUUUAGCUCCCUCUUGUUUCUGUAAGAACAAUCAGCUAAUGAAAAACAAAAAAAUUUGAGGGCCUAAAUUAUUCCAACGGUUGUUUGAAAUACUCAGUUCAGUUUGUACAUGUUAGCAGCCUUUUAGUUUGGAGGAGAAUUAAAUACUGUGCUAAACUGGUGCUUGGAUACACACUGCAGCAUCUUAUGUUUUAUUUGACAAACAGAAUUUUGGUAGCAUAAUAUUUUGAGAAUUAGAGAUGAUUGUGAUGCAUAUAUAAACACUAUUUUUAAAAAAUAUCUAAAUAUGUCUCAUAUAUUUAUAUAAUCCUCAAAUAUACUGUAUCAUUUUAGAUAUUUUUUUAAACAGAUUAAUUUGGAGUUGUAUUCAUUACCUAAGCUGUGGCAAAAACGGUGCCUCUGAUGUUGUGAUAUAGUGUUGUGAGUGUGUACAUAUAUAAAACCUGUGUAAACCUCUGUCCUUAUGAACCAUAACAAAUGUAGCUUUUUAAACUCCAUUGUAUUACUUUUCUUUCAAUAAAAGAGUAUAAUUAA